AUUUUCAUAGUAGUACUAGCAACAGGAAGUAGGAAACUAAGCAUAUGACUCUCUCGAGAUCUCUCGAUCUCUCGAUCGACUGAUCAAUAACCCCUAAAUUUCUUUUCUCCGGUGAAAAAAAAAAACACAGACUUUAUUCUUCAAUUCAAAUGGUUACACAAAGCAAUGGCAACCAACAAGAAUCCACUCCUUCUUUCUUCAAAGUCAUCCGUUACCCAUCCGCCGAUCAUCUGUCAUUGCCAAACGCUUUCGUGAGGAGAUAUUUCGAAAAGAUCCCUAAAAACCCCACACUCGUGACUGCAACAGGAAACCACUCAUGGAGGAUGAAGUUUGUAAAGAUUGGAGAAGAUUACUGUUUUGCCCAUGGAUGGGAUGACUUGGUCAACGAUGUGGGGUUGUGUAUUAGGGAUGUUGUUGUCUUUUGGCUCGUUGAUUCUUUCACUUUUCAUGUUACUUUUCUUGGUGCCAAUGGAUGUGAAAAACAUGUUCCGGUUAACAAAACCAAUGAUGAUGAUGAUGGUGAAUGCCAUGAUGAUGAUGAUGAUGAUGAUGAUGAUGAUGAUGGUGGUGAUGAGGAGUACGUGCAAGAUGAGAAUCUUUCCUUUGAAAAAGUCAUUGGUCCAGGAUCUAUCAGAUACAUGUUGCUGCCGAUCAAAUUCGUGAAGGCUGCAGGACUAGAUCAUAAAGAGAGCGUAAAGGUGAAGGACCAUGAAGGAAAAGAGUGGACAAUGAGGAUAACGGCGAACAAAGCAAUGAACGGAUCAGCGAUUCUCAAAUACAGCUUAUCUGCAGGAUGGGCAAUGUUACGUAAUCAUCACAAGUUUUCAGAAGGUGACGAGUGCAUAUUCAAGUUCGACAAGCAAGAGGGCAUAAUAAAUCUAACUAUACUGUUCAAGAGCAAAAGACCAAUCAUUCAAGAAACUCCAAUGGAGGAGGUGAAGGGAACACAGUCAUGUUAUGGUGAUGGGAAUGUUAAGAUUGGAGAUCAAUGGUCGCCGGCUGAGAAACCUUGCGGCAGCGGUGGUGGAACGCCGUUGAAGAGAUGUGCAGAAGUUAAGAUUAAAGAUGGAUGGGUUCCAGAGGUACGAAAGAGGGGUGAUGGCUUGGAGGCGAAUACUGGACUGGGGACGGACGGCGUGAUUCGAAGCAAGCAUGUCGUUUACUUCUAACUUGAAUCCUAGCUCGUGUGAUGGUGGUUGUAGCACUUUUUUGUGUUUCUUGAUGUAAAGCCGUGAUGGUGAUUGUGUUGGCGGACGAAAGAGAACCACCACUAAGUGAGGAGCAUGGAUGUUGAUGAUGGAUUUUCAUAACCAAAUGUAGUUAAUCACUUUAUGCUGUAGGUAUUGAAGAUUUUUGUCACUAGUUUGUAGCCUAACCAUUUUUUUAUAGUUUGUCGGGUAAUGAAUUUAUGUUUUCAUGUUAAUAGAUGUUUUAAGCAAUCUAUAUGUGUUCUUUGGUGUGCCCAAA